CCGCAGCAGUAUACUAUAGGCUGGAUCUGCGCGAUCCCCACCGAAAGUAUCGCGGCCUCCUGUUUUCUCGAUGAAGAGCACGAACGACCAGAUCAUGUCUCUAUCAACGACAGCAACGACUAUACUCUCGGCAAAAUGGCAGGCCACAACGUCGUGGUUGCGGUUUUGCCAGAUGGCGAGUAUGGACAAACUUCUGCCACAGGUGUGGUGAAGGACAUGCUGAACAGCUUCCCUAACAUAAGAGUCGGCCUGAUGGUCGGUAUUGCUGGAGGCGCACCGACCGCGCAAAAUGACAUCCGACUCGGUGAUGUGGUUGUGAGCUCUCCACACAACAAGACCGGCGGCGUGUACCAGUACGACUAUGGGAAGAUGAUUCAAGGCCAAGGCUUCCAACACACGGGAUUUCUCAAUCAACCUUCUACACUUGUCCGUACUACUGUCAAUGGCCUCAAGACGCAAUACAAGAUGAAAGGUCACAAGAUUAAUGAAACUAUCGACGCAGUCUUGACCGAUUAUCCAAGACUAGCUGAUGAAUUCAGUCGCCCGGGCGAAGAUAGAGACCGCCUGUAUAAGGCUGACUUUGUUCAUCCUAUCGGCCACAAAGGUGAUUGCGACAAUUGUUGUGGAGUGCUACCAGAACGAAUCGUAGAGCGACGCGCAAGAACCCAGAAGGAAGACAAUCCAGCUAUUCACCACGGCAUAAUCGCUUCAGGCAAUUGGCUUCUGAAAGACGCUAUGAUUCGAGACGCCCUCGCAGAUGAGAAAGGCGUUAUCUGCUUCGAGAUGGAGGCAGCGGGUCUGAUGAAUCACCUGCCCUUUCUGGUCAUACGGGGUAUAUGUGAUUACUCUGAUUCUCACAAGAACAAAGAGUGGCAAGGGUACGCAGCGAUGACAGCAGCGGCCUAUGCCAAGGAUCUGCUCGUUAGGAUGGUCCCAAGUCGAGUGGAGGCUGAGCAAAAGGCCGGAGAGACAUUGAAGUCUAUCGAGAAUAAUACCCUGAAGAUUAUUGAAACAGCCGAAGAUACAGCAACUUGUGUGAAUGAUCUCAAGGCCGACGCCAGAUACCACCAUAUUCAUCGCUGGCUUUCCCCUCCCGAUUACACUACCAACCAAAAUCAAGCUCUGUCUAAACGACAUGAGGGUACCGGGCAAUGGUUCGUGAAGAGUGAAGUCUUCACAGCCUUCAGGGAAGGCAAAGUGCCUUUUCUUUGGCUCAGUGGAAUCCNNCCUGGCUGCGGCAAAACUGUUCUCAGCUCUUCUAUCAUCCAAGAUUUGCAGCACACUUUAUCGGAUUCAUCAGCUGUACUUUUGUACUUCUAUUUCGACUUUACCGAAGUUCGGAAGCAGACUUUGGACAACGCCCUUCGUUCGCUUCUAUGGCAGCUAACGAAACGUACCGACAGCUCUUUCGAGGAAGUCGAACAGCUCUAUGAGUCAUGCAGUUACGGUCAAAGUCAGCCUUCCACUCAGAGCCUGAUCCGGGGGCUGGAGUCCGUACUGCAGGCCACCGGUCGUGUUAUGAUUGUCCUUGAUGCGCUAGACGAAUGUACGACAAGGCGGGAUCUGCUACGAUGGCUUACAGAAAUAGCUGCUAAAGACUCUAGCACCAUUCAGAUCAUCGCCACGAGUCGCAAAGAGUACGACAUCGAAGUUGCUUUCACAACAUGGUUGACAAAGGAUGUCAUGCUGUCGAUUCAGCAGCUUGAAGUGGACCGAGAUAUACAAGCCUAUGUGCACGCCAGGAUCCGAUCUGAUCCAGAUUUACAACGCUGGAGGGACAAACCUCUUGUGCAGAAGCAAAUCGAGUGUCAACUUGACUCACUUGCAGAUUGUUUUUACCUGCGGAAGCUCCAUGAGGUUCUAGACACGCUUCCGACUACCCUUGAUGCGACCUAUGCUCGGAUACUGGAUCAUCUCCCAUCCAUGUAUUUACAAGACACAAUGAGAUUAUUACAAGUCUUGACGUGGUCCGAGAGGCCGCUGUCUAUCGAGGAGGCUGUCGAUUAUCUGGCAGUGGAGCUCGAUAGCGAAUCUGGAUUCGACGAGGCGAACAGACUCCCGGUUCCAAAAGAGAUCAUGCGGUUCUGCUCGAGUCUAGUGACGGUGGCUCGAACCAGCGAAGAUACUGAGACGUACUUGGACGCUAUACACCCUGGGCCCUUCGCAGAAGAUCAAGUGCGAGAAGAAAUCCGACUCGCUCACUACUCCGUGAAAGAAUACCUCACCUCCGGCCGAUAUCAGAAUAAUGAAAUUCGCUUUCAACUUGGCCAGGUGACUUCUGCCACGUACAUCGCAAGUGCGUCGUUGACUUAUCUACUCCAACUCCAGACAAAUCUAUCUAGACAAGCGAUCAUCUCAAAGUUCCCGUUAGCAAUGUAUUCAGCAUUACAUUGGAUGAAGUUUGCGCGUGUUGCAAACGCCGAGAAUGACCGUUUACAAAAGCUGAUAGAAAGGCUUCUUCUGGUACCAGAGCGAUAUGGUCGUUGGCUAAGUCUUUUCAACCCGGAGCACCCCUGGUGGAAANAACCCAAAACCCCGUCCCAGUUACCACAACCGCUAUACUAUGUCUCGCUCGGUGGCUUAGAGCAUGUGGCAAAUAGACUGCUGGCAAGCGGCGCAGACAUCAACAGUGAGGGUGAUCGAUACGACAACGCUCUGCAGGCUGCUGCUGCAAACGGCCACGAGAACAUCGUGAACUUGUUGUUACAAAAAGGCGCUGAUGCCAACGCUUGCCGCGGCGAAUUUAGUACUCUUCAAGUUGCGUCCGCAGAUGGCCAUGUAAGAGUGGUACAAUUACUGUUGGCGUAUGGCGCUGAUGUCAAUUUUCAAUGUGGCCAGAUUGGCAGGGACUUCACUGUCCUGCAACUCGCCUGUUAUCAGGGACGCUUAGAGGUGGUGGAACUGUUGUUGGACAACGGUGCAGCUGUCAAUAGCCGAAAUGGGGAAUUCGGUAGCGCUCUUCAAGCCGCUUCCCUAAUCGGCUGCGACAGAAUCGUGCAGCUGCUACUAAAGCGAGGAGCAGACAUCAACGCGCCAGCGGGCUAUUUCUGUGGUGAAGCCCUUGAAGCUGCUUUUGAGAGAAAGUGGGAUGACUGCCGCUUCCAUCAAGAUCGCGAGAAUGUUGUGCUACUUUUGUUGGAGAAGUGUGAUCAUAUCGGCGCUCAGAGGUAUGGCAGGCUUCUACUCAAUGCUGCCAAAGCUGGUUUCGAGAAUGUAGUGAAAAGACUAUUUACUACUGACAUGGAAAUGGUUGCCUGUGAAGCCAGAGAAACAGGUAUCAAUGCUCUUGGUGAAGUGUACGGCAGCGCACUACAAGCAGCAUUGCACAACGGCCACGACAACGUUGUGCAGAUGCUACUCGACAGAGGUUCAGAUGCUAUCACCAAAGGUGGCAAGUACGGCAGCGCUUUUGUACAAAUGCUACUGCAAAACACACUUAAGGCUGUUGGUGGCACUGUAAAUGCUACCGCCGUCGACAUAGUUUUUCACGAGGGAUACGUUGACGUACUCGAAACUUUCCUCAAGCGUCUUUGCAAAGAGUCUGUUACUGACGAACAUGAGUGGUCACCGGAGGCUUAUCUCGUGCUGUGUAGAGGUCUUACUUCUCGGAAGCAUGCCUUGGACUCAGAUCUUGAUGUCAGUAUUCAAGCUCGUGCUGAUCACCCUAUUCCAGCAGGAUUGGAUGACUUCUACUUCGAGGUUGAGAUAGUCUGCUGUGGUCGUGACAGCUUACAAAUGGGUAGCUUUGUAGCCGUCGGUCUCUGCAAUGGAAGCUCGUCAAGGACGGGAAUGCCUGGCUGGUACGCUUUAUCGUGGGCAUACCACGGUGAUGACGGCAAGAAGUUCAGUGGGACUGGUGUAGGUGAUCAAUACAACGAGACAUAUGGCACAGGAGACACUAUCUGCUGUGGAGUUGAUUUCAACAGCAACGUUGUUACCUUCUACAAGAAUGGUAAAUCCAUGGCUUCAUCGCAAAUC